AUGCUUUUUGACAAGCGGUUUGUGUUGUCCAUCGCCGGGUUGCUGGCACAGUUUGCACAGGCCCAAGAUGCCACUGCACCAGAGGACUCUGCAGUGGUCAAGUUGACCGGAGAGACGUUCGGGAAGUUCUUAGAGGAGAACCCGCUUGUGAUGGCGGAGUUUUAUGCGCCAUGGUGUGGCCACUGUAAGCACCUGGCACCGGAGUACGUGAAGGCGGCUGGGGAGCUGGCCGAGAAGGGCAUCAAGCUGGCGCAGGUGGACUGCGAGCAGGAGCUGGAUCUAUGCGCGGGCCAGAACGUGCGCGGGUACCCGACGCUGAAGGUGUUCCACAGUGGGGCGUCAGAGGAGGGCAUGCCAUACACGGGCGCACGCAAGGCCGAGGAAAUUGUGGCGUACAUGCUGCGCCAGGCCGAGCCGGCCGUGACGGUGCUGGAGGGCAAGGAGGCCGCCCAGGACCUGGAGGACCUGCUUGCGGAGUCCAAGACCGCAGUGGUGGUUGACGGUGGCGUGAAGGGCCUGAACGAGUCCUUUUACGAACUGGCCAACCUGCUCCGGAACGACUUUGUAUUUGUGCAGUACCCAACUAAGAAGCCGACCUUGGCGGUCCACUUGCCGGGCGAGAAGGAGCCAAUUGUGUUCGAGGGUAAGAACACCACGCUUCCUCACCUUGUCGACUGGAUCUCCGUCGAGAGCCUGCCUUACUUUGGCGAGGUCGAUGCGAUCACCUAUCAGAAGUACAUGACCUCAGACCUGCCUUUGGCUUACUUCUUCUACUCUUCCGAGGAGGAGCGCGAGCAAUACGCAGGCCUCUUCCGCAAGCUGGGCAAGGCGCACCGUGGCUCCCUAAACUUUGCUGGCCUAGACGCCGUCAAGUACGGCCAGCACGCCGAAAACCUCAACAUGAAGCAGCAGUUCCCUCUCUUUGUCAUCCACAACGCGACCUCAGACCUCAAGUACGGUCUCCCACAGUUGUCCGACGAGGAAGUCUCGGCGGGCACCGCGGUGACCAUCAAGGAGGCCGACAUCGAGAAGUUCGUCGUGGACUUUUUGGACUCCAAGAUUGAGCCUAUUAUCAAGUCUGAGGAUGUCCCAGAGGUCCAGGAGAGCAGUGUUUACAAGCUAGUCGCCACCACCCACGACCAAAUUGUCAAGGACGAGGACAAGGAUGUGCUUGUUAAGUACUACGCCCCAUGGUGCGGCCACUGCAAGAAGAUGGCCCCAACCUUUGAGGAGCUUGCGGAUGUCUACGCCAACGACGAGGAUGCGAAGAACAAGGUCCUAAUCGCCGACAUCGACGCCACCUUGAACGAUGUUCACGGCGUGGUGAUCGAGGGCUUCCCCACCAUCGUUCUAUACCCCGCCGGCAAGGACUCUACGCCGGUUGUAUACCAGCGCUCCCGCUCCUUGGAGGAGUUCCUAGACUUCAUCAAGGAGGAGGGUACCCACAAGGUGGACGGCCAGGCCAUCCACGCGCGUAAUGCCGAGACUGCUGCCGAUAAGCCCGCCGAGAAAGCCGAGGCCGAGGCCGAAGACGCCGACUUGGAGCGCGAUGAGUUGUAA